AUGAAAACGCUCUCAAGAAAAUACGUUUACAAAACGCAGGCCAGUCUGGAACAAGUUACAGGGCUCUUCCCGCUCUGGUUGGUACAGUCUGAUGUGCCUACCGGCCGAGGAGGAAUCGUCCUUACUGCUCGCCGAGUGACUUGGCAAGGAGGGCCCCUCCUCGGCCAGCAGAUACAGCCUCGUGUAUCGACGGCCGAGGAGGAUGCUUCAUCGGCAAGCGGUUGGAAGCGGGUCGGCGAGGAGGAUUCUUCUUCGGUCGGGAAAUGA